AUGGACUGGUCUUUCCGAACCAUCUCAUUCACCAAGCAGCCCGAGAGCAGACUGCCCGCCUUGCCCUCCGAGCUCCGUGACCUGAUCUUCGAAUAUGCACUUGUGUGCAACAAACCUCUGGUCACGUUCCGUCUCGACAACUACCAGAAAGACUCUAUGUCAGAGGCCGUGCAGCCAGCCCUCACCCGUACGAAUAGACAAAUACGGAAAGAAACCCUACCAAUAUGGUAUGGGUGCAACCGAUUUGUCUUACACACGCAGGACCCGCACGCCGGAAAAGGUCUUGUAUGGCUUGAGCGAAACUCUCGCUACAUGUCUCUGCUUAAGCACAUAGCUCUAUGGAUCCGCUACGUGUCGCCAAUAAAUGAUCGCGGAUACGGCGCCUUGAGUAUCAGUAUGCGCCGUCAAGCCGGGACUGAUGUCUGGUAUGCCGAGGACGACUGGGAAUGGAUCACGGUUAUCAGGAAGCCCACAGGUCUCGAAGACGAUGCCCGCUUUCUCCAGAAGGAACUGGAUUAUCUGCUGGAGAACGACUAUCAAGGCCAACUUGACGCUGAGAAGUUUCAUUGCAUACUGUUGGAGACCAGGCGACGGUAUAUAGAGCAUAAAAUGUCAUGA